GCGACAGGUGUCUGUAUCCUCAAUCAAACGAGGGCGAGGUUCGAUGCGAGUGCUUUCAUAAACGGGUAAACCAGUGGUACGAUAUGACUGCUUUCCAAGUCCUAGACGCGCCGAUGCGUCAGCUUGAGCCCCCACCAUGCUAGGGGACCCAGCGCUUCAGCGCAAGCUCUUCUCCACGACACUUAGACACGCUUUCUAUGUCAAUGCAGUAUCCUUCCAUUCACUAUCAAUCCAUUCCAACUCAAUCAAACCCGUUUGAGACAACCCAUAGCUUGGACCCAUUGCCGACCGUGCCGGUUCCCCGAGACUAGGCUGAAGAAGCAGCCCACGUACCUCAAUUCCGCGCGGCAAGGACACGCCGCCAUAUCGACGCCCCCGAACAACAGCUCAGUUGCCCCAAAUGUCACUACGGAUCCCGCAGGUUCCUGAAAAGAUCCCUGAGAAGAUCCUUGAGAUCAGCCCUCUGAGGAGAGCAGACACGCUUGGGUUGGACGACCCUAGCAGUGCCUACAUUGCCUACAACGAUAAGUACAUCAUCGUUUUCGAUUUCAGUAGCUUAGAUGUUUCCGAGGCCUCCAAGCAAUUGUCUGCGCUAUUGAAUGACCUUGAAUCAGUGGGCUUGCAGACGGAGGUCCGUGCUGGCUACGAUGAGUCGCUUCUCGUGUUUGUACAAGCACCACGCGAAGUGCUUGGUAACACCGUGCACCAUUCGCGAGUAAAGGACUGGCUAUAUGGGAUUACGAAGAAACAUCCAGGGGGUAAUUCUAACUCCAUAGUAGCCGGAGCCAACGAAGCCGAAGACUUGCAAUCGUUGUACCAUCUGGUGACCUGGAGCAAGGAGCUAGGUGGUGCGGGCAUCACCCCAGGAUUUGGCAAAUGGGAGAAUAUCCCAUCCGCUUUCCCCUUGCACAACCCUGUCAGGAACCAGAAGCUCCUAGUACACUUGAGUAAAAAGUUCUUCCUAACCUCGGACGACCUGGAUCAGAUACGCGACCUAUGGGGCAGCAAAGUGGCUUUCUACUUUGCCUUCAUACAUGAUUACUUUCUCUCCCUGGCCUUUCCCUGUGUAGCUGGAGUGUUGGCCUGGGCUUUCCUGCCCAAAUACUCACUGGCGUUCGCGGUGGUCAUUUGUAUCUGGUGCACAGUAUUUCUGGAGUACUGGAAGAUCAGAGAAGUCGAUUUGUCGAUCCGCUGGAACGUACGUGGCGUCGGUAAAUUGAAGGUCAACAGACCUCAGUACCAGUAUGAGAAAGAAGUGGUGGACGACGCGGGCCGAGUACAGCACUACUUUCCUAGAUGGAAACGGAUUGUCAGACAGCUGGCAGUCGUGCCUUUCCUGGUUUUGAGUACUAUAUUUCUCACCAUCGUCAUCGGUACCGUCUUCGCGCUUGAGACCUUCAUCGUUGAAGGAUAUGAUGGGCCGUAUGAUUACUACCUCGAAUAUGUCCCCACUGUUAUGCUUGCUCUUUUGCUUCCAUUUAUCAACAACUGGCUCGAGAAGCUGGCCGCUCAACUGACCGAAUACGAAAAUCACCGCACGGAAGACUACUACGAGAUGUCCCUCACGCAGAAAAUCUUUGUGCUACAGUCCAUAUCGAAUUACUUGCCCAUCUUCCUUACUGCAUUCGUCUACGUACCAUUCGGCGAAACCUUUAUCCCACAUCUCCGGACCUACAUUUUAUCCAUUGCAGGCGUAGCUGCAGACCCGAACUUCGUCUUCCACGUCGAUCCGAACAAACUUCGUAACGAAGUCAUAACCUUUACCGUGACAGGUCAAGUCUCAAGCGCAAUCGAAGAACUAGCCCUACCAUACCUCAAAACCAACGCCCGCGACUGGUGGCGCACGUACCGUACAUCACAUACCUUCGUAGGCGGUCAAACUAGAUUCGUCAAAGGUGAUGAUCCCGUAGAGGCUAGAUUCCUCCGUCGCGUUCGCAGACAGGCAGCACUCGCACAUUACGACGUUCACGAAGAUAUCUCAGAAAUGGUGCUGCAGUUCGGCUAUCUCGCGCUCUUCAGCCCCGUAUGGCCUCUCAUCCCCAUCGGCUUUUUCAUCAACAAUUGGUUCGAGCUUCGCGCAGACAUCAUCAAAAUCACCAUUGAGCACCAGCGCCCAGCUCCCGUCCGAAACGAUGGCAUCGGGCCUUGGGUCGCAAGUUUAGAGGCUUUGACGUGGCUCGGAAGCUUGACGUCUGCGGCGAUUGUGCAUCUCUUUGGUUUUCGCAACUCCACUAGUUACGGGUUAAACACGUGGUGGUCGCUCCCAAUCACUAUUUUUGCUUCGGAGCACAUCUUCCUUGGCUUCAGAGCCGGGGUGCGGUGGGCGCUACAUGCCAUUGGCUCAGAGCACAUCCGGAAAGAAAGGUCUGAGCGGUAUGCCGAGAGAAAGAAACACCUGGACGAGCUAGAGGCCAGUUCCGCCAAGCGAGGCCACCUGGACGUCGUGGAGCGGGAGCGCAGGAAGAGCGUGAGAAUGACAGCCGCGGAUGUAUUCUGGACAAGGCAAGUGGAGGAAGGCGCAAGCAUGAGGGCCGGCUUAGGGAUGAUUCGCGCUUCGAAAGGGUCUGAUUUCGACGAGCCCAUGAAGGAGGAAUGACAGAGGAGCAGCGCGCGUCUGACGAGACCCCACAUCACGACUGACAAGAACUAUAUACAAGCGACCGAAUAUAUAUACAUAUACAUGCCUCAUCCCUAAGAUGAAGACGCCGCGUUGAUAGCGUUCAACACAGUGGUGUACGCCGACUUCGCCUUGUACGACGAGUCGAACAGCAGCGGGUUGCCC